UGAAGGAAUCCGUCUUGUAAAGCCAUUGGUCCUGGUCAUCAGCCGCUACCCAAUGCUUUCGCGAUGCUGCCGCUGAUCUAUUUGGGAAGUUGGCUGGCUGGCGAGGCAGAGCCUCUCCUCAAAGGCUGGCUCCCACGGAAAAUAUGCUCAGUGCAGCCGCGUGUGUGAAUGCAAACGCCGCCAGGCGCUUCUUCUAGUCCGGCAAGAUGCAACCGAGAACUCCGCUCGCCCUGUGCGUUCUGCUGUCCCAGGUGCUCCUGGGAACAUCUGCAGAUGAUUUGGACUGCACGCCUGGAUUCCAGCAGAAAGUGUUACACAUCCGCCAGCCCGUGGCAUUCAUAGAGGACCAGCCCGUCCUAAACUUGACCUUCAGUGACUGCAAGGGCAAUGAGAAGCUGCACUAUGAGGUCUCAAGCCCAUACUUCAAGGUGAACAGCGAUGGCGCCCUAGUCGCUCUCAGAAACAUAACUGCAGUGGGCAGGACCCUGUUCGUCCAUGCACGGACUCCUCACGCUGAAGAUAUGGCGGAGCUCGUGAUUGUUGGGGGAAAAGACAUCCAAGGCUCCUUGCAGGAUAUUUUCAAAUUUGCAAGGACCUCUCCUGUCCCAAGACAAAAGAGGUCCAUUGUGGUGUCCCCCAUCUUGAUCCCAGAGAACCAGAGACAACCAUUCCCCAGAGAUGUUGGCAAGGUAGUCGAUAGUGACAGACCCGAAGGGUCCAAGUUCCGGCUCACUGGGAAGGGAGUGGAUCAAGAGCCUAAAGGAAUUUUCAGAAUCAAUGAGAACACGGGCAGCGUCUCCGUGACACGGACCCUGGACAGAGAAACGAUCGCUACUUAUCAACUGUUUGUGGAGACCACAGAUGCCAGUGGCAAAACUCUGGAGGGGCCAGUGCCUCUGGAAGUCAUCGUGAUCGAUCAGAAUGACAAUAGACCCAUCUUCCGGGAAGGCCCUUACAUUGGCCACGUCAUGGAAGGGUCACCCACAGGGACCACGGUGAUGCGGAUGACAGCGUUUGAUGCAGAUGACCCGGCCACUGACAAUGCCCUCCUGCGGUACAAUAUCCGUCAGCAGACACCUGACAAGCCGUCUCCCAACAUGUUCUACAUCGAUCCUGAGAAAGGAGACAUUGUCACCGUGGUGUCACCUGUGCUGCUGGACCGGGAGACUCUGGAAAAUCCCAAGUAUGAACUAAUCAUUGAAGCUCAAGAUAUGGCAGGACUGGACGUGGGAUUGACAGGCACAGCCACAGCAACCAUCGUGAUCGAUGACAAAAAUGAUCACUCGCCAAAAUUUACCAAGAAAGAGGCCAUGUGCUGUUUCCCAUUUACACCAACGGAGCAGCCUUCAGGGAGAGGCUGA